AUGGACAAAGUUUCCUCCUCUGUGCCUGAGAGGUUUGGUCUGGUUCGGUUCGGUUUCUACAGAUGCUCUGACAACUGGCGGCUCAGGUUCUGCGGCGUACAGAAGACCCGGGAGGUGGAGACUGAAGCCCGAGGUCUAGGCCCAGAGAAUAAGAACAGUUUGGAAACACUCAUACAGAAAUACCCUAAGGAUGAGGAACCUAAAGAAAUACAAUCAGAAUGGUCUAAGAAAGAUGUUUCCCCUAACACUGAGCAUGAGGAUACUAAAGGAAUUCCAUUAGACUGGAACAAAGGUGUCAAGUUCUGGAGUCUUGAGUGGAAAGAUACUUAUGAAGACAAUUACAGGACAGAAACUCAAUGGGAGAAACCUACAGGAAAAGAACAGAGUAAAUCUAGUUCCUGGGAAUGGGGCCCCAGAAAAAACAUUACUAUCCAUCAGGCAUUACCCAAAAGAGACAAAUCCCAUAAAUGUCUUGAAUGUCAGAAGAGCUUCAAUAAUAGCUCUCAUCUUCGAAUUCAUCAAAGGACUCAUACAGGAGAAAAGCCUUAUAAAUGUUCAGAGUGUGAGAAAUGCUUUGGUAACAGCUCCCAUUUGAUUCAGCAUCAGAGAACUCACACAGGAGAGAAGCCCUAUCAAUGUAAUGAUUGUGGGAAAAGCUUUAGCAAUACUUCCCACCUUAUUAUCCAUGAGAGAACACACACUGGAGAAAAGCCCUACAAGUGUCCGGAAUGUGGGAAGAGUUUUAGUAGCAGCUCUCAUCUUAUUCAGCAUCACAGAUCUCAUACAGGAGAGAAACCUUAUGAAUGUCCUAUAUGUGGGAAAUGCUUCAGUCACAGCUAUGUUUUAAUUGAGCAUCAAAGGACCCAUACAGGAGAAAAACCCUAUAAAUGUCUCGACUGUGGAAAAAGAUUUAGUCAGAGUUCUAGUCUUAUUCGCCAUCAGCGCACUCAUACUGGUGAGAAACCCUACAAAUGUCUUGAGUGUGGGAAAAGCUUUGGUUGCAACUCUACCCUCAUAAAGCAUCAAAGAAUUCACACAGGAGAAAAACCAUACAAAUGUCCAGAAUGUGGGAAAAACUUUAGCCGCAGUUCAAAUCUUAUUACACACCAAAAAACCCACAUGGGAGAGAAAUCCUAUGAGAGUGUUGAAUUUGGAGUAAAUUUGAAUCACAAUUGUAAUUCAGUAGAACAUCACAGAAUUCAGCUACGAGAGAAACCAUAUAAGUGUUGUGAGUGUGGAAAAAGUUUCAACCUUAGUUCACACCUUAUCAGACACCAGAGAACACAUACAGGAGAAAAACCCUAUAGAUGUCCUGAGUGUUGGAAAACUUUCAGCCAAAGCUCCACACUGGUGAUCCACCAGAGAACUCAUACAGGAGAGAAACCAUAUAAAUGUCCUGACUGUGGUGAAAGUUUCAGUCAAAGCUUUAACCUUAUCAGACACCAAAGGACCCAUAAAGGAGACAAACCUUAUAAAUGUACUGACUGUCAGAAAUCUUUCAGUCGAAGUGCCUAUCUCAGCCAGCAUCAGAAAACACACAUAAGAGAAAAGCUCUCUACAUUGCCUGGAGUUGAGGAAAAUUUUACUCAUGAAUGGACCUAGAAAAGCUUUUCAGGGUGUAGGUAUGAACUUUAUCUACUCAUUUUCUGUUCCCACAUUUGCUUCCUCAAAAAAGGAAGCUCUUAUAAACUCUUUUAUUGAACCAUCACAACUAAAGUUUUGUAAAAUGAGUUUACUGUUGAAUUUCUCUGGCUUAUCAACUUCUCUAGAAAAGAGAGUUAAAUUUUCAAAAGGUCAUUCUGUUUGGAGGAUGCAAAGACUCAGGCUAAGGUCUGAUGUCAUGGCUCUUCUCAGUAAAAAACAAUACUCAGGAGGGAAAAACCCUAACAAAAAAACAAUGUUUUAUAUAAGGUAAGACAAGAAUGGUUCAGAUUAAUCCUAAGAAUAAGUUUUAACAAAAAAUAAAACUGAGUUCUAGAAGCUGGACUUCUGCUAAAGUUUCUAAUUUUCUCUUGCCAUUUAAAGUACAGGUAAACUAUUAUUUGUCCCAGAUAGCUUGUUGAUAAAAAUUCUAUUGAAGGACAAUGUAAUUCCCCAACUUUUUAUGGAGGAAGGUGCUGAGGCAAAAAAAAAAAACAACAAAAAACAAAACAAAAACCAACAACCAAAAAUCAAAUAAGACAAUUGUUUAAUUUGAGUAAUCUUGUUCUUUCAAAAUUAACUUGUGGAGUAUGACAAAGUGAGCACUAAGUAAAUAUUUGACCAGUAAAAACUUGCCACAAGACUAUAGGAGAUCUAGAACUAAUGGUUUUGUUAACUUCUGGAUUAGUUCAGAGCAGCUGUAGGAGAGAUCAGAUGUUCCAGGGUGUUUAUUUAGUCAAUUGGGUUAAUCUAUAAUCUGUUGAGGUCCCCUUGCCACUAUGUCCCAAUAUCCUUGCAAUAAAAGAAGCUAACUUCAUGAGUUAGGAACUAACUCAUGUAUUGUGUUCCUGUAAACUGAUUAAUUAAUAGCUAGUCUUUUCACAUCUGUAUGCCUAUAUGGGAUUUCAGUGAAAUUGGGAACUAUGUUUUUUUUUAGGUAGCUCAGUGACAGUAUCAAAUGCCCAGAAUUCCAUUAGUAUGGAAGUAUUACUUGGGUCUGCUCUUAAUAGUGCUUUUAUCUUUGACCUUUCUGGGAAAAGGAGAGAGAACCUAAUAUUUUCCUAUAUUCCUCUCCCUGUCCUAAAAAAGAUCUUUGUAGAAAUUAUUGAGCAAUUUUUUCCCUUAGAUUAUUGCUCAUAUUUUGCAAAUGAAUAAAAGAGAAAUGUAAGUGAGGGGCCCUCAGCUUGUAUCUUAGGAUCCUCAAAUAUAUUUAAAAGGGAUUGAGAUAGAAAUUUAGAAUGCAGUAGGAGAAAAGGGAGCUGCAACAUUUCCAGAAAGACUACUCCUUCUGCCACAUUGAAAUGCACUUGUCCCAUGGUGUGGGGCAGCUGAGUGGCAUUAGAAUUGUUAAAUCUUCCCUUUUCACUAAGGGAAAAGUUGUUACUGGAUGGUGAUUGUACUAUGAUUUUUUUGUUGUUAAAUAUUGAAACCACAGCAAAACCAAUCAAAGAUAUUUAAGACUUGCUUCUUUAUGGUAGAUUUUCUGCUUUGCAGGGGAUGGAAAAGUAUGAUUGGAACUGAAUAUUCUCCUCAUUUCCCAUUCCUUCACUUUAUCAGAGCUGUAUCACCCCAAAGUCCUCCACUUUUAUGAUCAAGAAUUCUAAAAUUCCAUUAUUUAACCAUAACCUGCUAUCAUACCUUUUUUCUGUGGACCAUCCCUCUUAAGUCUAAUAUUUGACUUUAGAUGACCUGUGGCCCUUUUAUCCUUCAGUAUCCUUUUAUAUCAGCCCUGUUUUGGAUUCACUUUUCUCCCUUCCCAUUUAACCCUGUAGAUAAGCAGUUUAACAUUACUGUCUUCUGCUCUUGAAUCCAUCAUGCUUUGCCAAACUCCAACUUCUGAUUACUUCCACCAUCCACUUCUCUGAUUUUAAAUUGGAAGCCAUUAUAUAGCCAUGCUAAUUCCUCCAUUACAAGCCUGUGGGUUUUUUUUUAUCAUAAUUGGAUCCUCAGUGAAGUAAAAUAAUUCUUUUAUUCCUCCCAAUUGAUUCUCUAUGUCAUUUUACAUUGCUGUCCCCUUCUCUCCAUUUCUCUUCCUACCAUCUCAGCAAAGAGUAUCUGACUUCAUAUUUUUCAAGAAAAUAGAAAUGAUUCUCUGUGAGCUCCCUUUCUGUUCUAAAUUUCCAAAUUCCUUAACAUUAUUCCUCUUUCAGUUCUUUACUUGAAAAGUUCAAUCUGUAUUGCACUCUCUUCCCCUUCUUAGGACAACUCUGAAGGGGCUCUUCCUAACAGAUGUGCUUCUUGGGUUCCAUGAGCAUCAUAGGAAGAUUUAAUACAAACUCAAUGAAAUUAAAUACAACCUUCUAGCUCAAGCCUUAUAGUUCUGAUUUUAUUAAUAGAAUAAACGUUGGUAUAAGAUGUUUUAUAGGAAGAACAUCAAAUUAGCACAUAAUUCACCUGAAACUUCAGAGAACUUCAAUUCUUCUAUCUGAGAGCCCGACUUUGAAAAUGAGUCUUCCUAAAAUCUGUCUUUCUCUUAAGAUUAUCAGAUAGAUGCUCAAAUGGAAAAAAAUAAUUUCACCCUUUUCACAAUUAUUAAAGCAAUUUUACAUGUAAAAUCAUUAAUCUAAUUUUUAAAACUCACAGUUCUCUAGUUCCCCUUUAUGAGGAUAAUGUUCUUAUAUACAUAAGUAAAGCUACCAGUCAGAAAAAUCAAGGAAGCUAUUUCAUAAGAUACAUCCUAAUAAGGUUAGUUGAUUGCAUGCAAAUCUUUAGACUGGUUCCAUUUUAUAAGAUGAAGUGCUUGAAUUUGUAUGCACAUUUCCAUUUUUAAGACCUUUUUAUAGACAUGCUAUCUUGUUGCCAAUUUAAUCCUAUUUAUAUUUUAUUUUGAUUAGAAUCUCUCACUUAGGGGCUUAUCUUGGUCCAAAAGACAAUUUGGAUGGAAGGUGACAAGAAGUCCAACUCCCAGGGGGCAGCUGGGUAGCUCAGUGGAUUGAGAGCCAGGCCUAGAGAUGGGAGGUCCUAAGUUCAAAUCUGGCCUCAGACACUUCCCAGCUGUGUGAUCCUGGGCAAGUCACUUGACCCCCAUUGCCUAGCCCUUACCACUCUUCUGCCUUGGAGCCAAUACACAGUAUUGAUUCCAAGACGGAAGGUAAGGGUUUAAAAAAAAAAAAAGUCCAACUCCCAGAGCAGGCUAAUAAGAAUACUUCUGAGAGGCAGUCCUCAAGCUAGAGUCUACUCAGCUUCUACCUAGCUCUCCAAAUGAUAAAAAUCUGUGAUAGAGUCUGAGAAAUAGCAUUCUGAGCAUGAUCAAUUUUUAUUAGUUAAACUUUGUUAUUCAGUUGUUUUUUUCAAUUGUGUCUGACUCUUCUUGACCCCAUUUGGGGUUUUCUUGUCUAAGAUACUGGAGUGGUUUGCCAUUUCCUUCUCCAGUUUAUAUUAGAUAUGAAAAGACUAAGCUAAAUAGGAGUAAGUGUCUUGUUUAGGGUCACACAGCUGGUAAGUGUCUGAGACUAGAUUUGAACUCAGAAGGAUGAGUCUGACUCCAGGCCCAGUGCUCUAUCUAGUCCACCACCUAGCUGCCCUUUAGCAAGGCUAGCAAUUGCCAAUAAAAAGGAUCCAAGACUUUUCAGUUGCCAAGGAUAAAAUUGACAGGCAGAGCCACUCUUGAAUGGAGGGUACAAAAAUACAAACUACAGGAGAUAGAAAUAGUAUGAGACAUCAGAGAUGGAGUUGUUAGGGAGACUGUAGGUUAAAAUUAAACAGGGCUUUGCAAAAGCCUUGAUUCAGUGCUUAACACUGCAUUAAAGUUUUUAUGAUGUGCUGCAUAUGAGCUUUCAGGGGUUGUUUCUUUAGAGGGCACAAGAUGUAUCUGGGUUAGACCUUAAAGGAUAGGAAAGAAUUCAACAGGUAAACCAGGUAAGUGAGGAAGACAAUGAUAAAGGUUCAGAGGCAGAAGAAAGGUAGGAUGCAAGGUGAGGGACCAAAGUCUGAUAUGACUAGAACAUAGAGCAUGCAGGGAGGAGUCAUGAAAUAUAAGUGGAAAGGAAACUUGGGACCCAUGCCAGUGAUGGCUACAUGAAGGUAAUUAAAUAUAAUUGUGUAAUCAGUGACUGAAUAGGAUGAAUUCAAAGAAGCAUGCAAAGAUGUGAAUUGAUAUGUAGAGUGAAGGAAGGAGAACCUAUAAUUAGAUAAAGCACCUUAAGAGAUUCAGAAGAUGUUAAAAGGGGCAAUAGAUUGCCAGGUCUGAAGUCAGGAAUACUCAUUUCCCUGAUUUCAAAUCUAGCCGCAGACACUGGCUCUAUGACCCUGGGGCAAGUCACUUAACCCUUUUUGCCUCAGUUUCCUCCUCUGUAAAAUGAGUUGAAGAAGGAAAUGGCAAACUACCCUAGUAUCUUUGCCAAAAAAGCCCCAAAUGGAGUCAGGAAGAGGAAGAUGACUGAAAACCUACUAAACAAUAAGGAAGAUAAAAAAAGCUUAAAAGAAACAAAUAGUAGAGACCAAAGAAAAUUGUGAAAGUGUGCUGUUGCUAAAGCCAUGGAGAAAACAGUAUUUAAUAAGUGACCAAUAAUGUCAAAAGUUGUAGGGAGGUCAAGGAUCAUGAAAAAAAAAAGGCCAUUAAAAACCAGCUGAUAAAAAAUGAAGUGAGCAGUCAGGAAAACAAUACUUAUUAUGACAAUAUUGUUAAUAGAAAAAAUAAUCACCAAAAACCAAGCCCCAUAGAAGAGUUGUGAUGAAAUAUCCAAAGAAGAGAUAUGGGAAAAUGGCUCCAUUAUUUUGCAGAAGUAGGAGGUUUAUAGGUAUGUAUCAUGUAUAUUGUUAUAUUUUUCAAUGUAUUGAUUAGUUUUGCUGACUUUUUUUUACCUCUUCUUACUUAAAAAAAAGUCUUUGCUAUAUGGAAUGGUGUUCUGAAUGUAGGGGAGAAGUAAUAUAGUGGAAAAUUAAGGUGAUUUAAAAAAUGAAAGACAUCAAUAGAAACUUAUUUUGGGUGAAAAUUUAUUGGUUACUUUUAAGAGUGAAGUUUCAGUAGAAAGAGUUGAAUAGAGAAAUAUUAGAAAAGAGGAGGCAGAGAGUGGAGGCAACCUUCUCCAGAAGGUUAGCUGUGAAAAGGAGAUGAGAGACAGGAUGGGAUGGUAGAUGAAUGUGUCAAAUUUAUCAGAGGAAGAUUUUAGUAUUGGGAAAAUCAAGGUAUGUCUAUAGAAGAAUAAGGAGCCUUUGGAUAGCAAAAAAUUAAAAGAAGAAACAUAGAGGAUGAUUGAUGGCAUUAGAUCAUGGAAGAAGUUGAGAGCCUGCAUCCAAGGGUACAAGCAGAAGUAUGACUUCAGUGAGAAGAUUAAUAUCUCUUCUGUGAGCAAAGGCAUAAAGGAGAAAAUGGGUGAUGCUCCUGAGAAAUUUAAAAUAAUGGAAGAGGGGACAGAAAAAGUUCAUACCUGAUAACCUUAAUUUCAGUAAAGUAGGAGACUAAGUCAUCUGCUAUGAAUGUGUGUGGAGUUAGGUGGAAGGGGAAAAUUAGGCCAUGUAAAAAUAUAUCAACAAAAUGUUUUCAAAAAAUAAAACUAGAUUAUAAAUUACAUGGGCCAUUACUGGUCCAUCAGUGAUCAAAACUUGCCAUGUGCUUUGCUUAUCAUAGUUACCUAGUGGGGAUCAGGUUGGGGCAUGACAAUGGAAAGAAUAGUGAUAGUGAUAGAGAAGCAAAAGGAAAGAAAAAGAAUUAAUAAAAUUUAAAGGAAGAAAACAAAACUAAGUCCAGGAGUUACAAACAUAGUAACAAAAUUUUGUUUUGUGUACAGGCUUCACUUGUUUCCUAAAGAACAUAUUGAAAUUACAUAUUGAAAUGUUCAUUUUUGUUGAUGAUUAUUAAGUUCAUAAUAAGUGCAAAGUAAAAAAAUAUUCCUUUUAGAUUGGGACUAUUGACUAAAGUAACAGAAAAGAUAGUAAUAGGUAAAAGAUAGUAAAAGGUAACAGAAACAGAUAGUAAUAUGAGAAAAUCUGAACAAGUAGCCUCAUAGGGAAUUCACUCAUCCAUUUUAAUGAUGGAUUAAGUAUCUGAUAACCUAACAUAUGCUUAACAUAUGACUGAUAUGAAGCCUUUAAGAUUAAAAGAUAGAAAAUGCUGAUAUUAAAAAUAAUUUGGACUUCCAGGCUAAGAUGGCCCCAGAGUAGAAGCAAGGAUCUUCUCCUCAUCACCAACCAAUGUAAAGUGCCUCAAAAGGCCAAAAAUAAAAAUCAGAUGAGUGAAGGGGCCCUACUGUAGGGUGCAGCCUUGAAGGUAGCCAGGUUUGGGGCAUUUCCACACUAUAAGGGGGUAAAAUUACUCCAAACAAAGUGCAAGGUGAUCACCCCUCCCCCACUCUACCUAUGGCACCAGAGUCAGAGCGAGCAUAGGGCAAUCUUUAGGUUUUUGGGGGUUGGGGGGUUGACUGAGGACACCACAGGCUUACCUUUGAGAGCAGUGAGAUUUGGGACCCCAGGAGGCUGAGGAAUGUGAUAUUCAGAAAGGCAAGCAAAUUGGAUCUACAACCAAGGAUCAUCUACCCAUCAAAACUGACUAUAUACUUCCAGGGGAAAGUAUGGGCAUUUAACAAAAUAAAAGAUUUCCAAGUAUUUGUAAAGAAAAGACCAGAACUAAACAGAAAAUUUGAUGUCCAAAUACACAAUUCAAGAGAAACAUGAAAAAGGUAAAGAAGAAAGGGAAAAAAAAUUAAGGGCUUCAGUAAGGUCAAAUUAUUUAUAUUCCUAUAUGGAAAAUGAUAUUUGUAACUCUCAAAAAUUAUUUCCACUAUCAUAGUAGAUAGAAGAAUUAUUCAUUGGUAGAGGUCUGGGUACUAAGUGGUUUAAGAUGAUAUGUAAAAAAAAAAAAAGAAAAGGGGGGGAAUAGAAGAUCGCACCAAGAGAAACUUGAAGGAAUAAGAAAAACAGGAUAAAUUAUACCACUAUUAAAAAAAGAUAAAAGGAAGUUUGUACCCUGAGGGAAGUUUGGAUUUUCUGUAUGUAGAGGGGGAAAGAGAUGGGACCUCCCCUUCUCAAAGUGGGGUUCAGGGGAGACAGCAGAUGUAACAAGUUGGCUCAGAGAGAGGAGAGGAGAUUUGAAGACUUUCCCCCUUCUGCCUUCCCUCCUUAGCUAAAGCCACUCUCCCAGAUUUGCUCUUGUCCCUCUUGCUCCCCCUCUACUACUCAAGACCAAAGGGUCUCCCUUUGAUCUGUUCACUCAUACUCAGCUUGGGGAACAGAUAACUUUUAAUGUCAACUCAAUCAGGUAAUACAAAAGGAAAUAAUGAGCAGGGAAGAAUGGGAAAAGAAAUGCCUUGGCAGCCUGAGCCCCCUGAGAGAAAGUCAGGUUGACUCACCCCUGGGCAACAGGAGCUGAGGUAAAGUCUGCUCAGAUUUCUCUUCAGAAGUCCCUUCAAUUGGGAAGUGUUGGGGGGAAAGAUUUCCAGUCACCAGCAGGAAAAGUGGGUAACCCUCAGCAGAAAGUCUCUUUCCCAACUUCUCUUUGGCUUCGCAAGAUCCAGAGACUCUCACUGCUUACCUAUCCAGAGUCUUCUCCUCUUCCAGAUUCUACUCCUGGGGCCCCUCCCCUGUGGAGGUGAUCAAUUUCACAUACUCUUCAGCCUGGCACUUUUUCUCUAGUGCCAGCCUCUGUCACACCACAUAAAAAGGCACAUGGGAUGGGGAGGGGAAGAAUACUAUUAUAAGGAGAGAAAAAGAGUGCUAAUAGAUAAUAUUUAAACCUUACUCUCAGGCAAAUCACUUCUGAGAGGGAAGAAUAUCUAGAGCCAUUGGGGUAUCAAAUUCUAUCUUACCCUACAGGGAAGCUUAGAGGGAAAAACCAAAGUGGGGGAAUGGGGCAGGGAGUAUCAAAAGGGAAGUAAAGGGGGGGAAUUUAAUAGACUCUUAAGAAAAAUAAUAGGAGAAUAAGAAGUAAGGGGGUGAAGAGGGAAGUAAAAUAAGGGUGGGGAUCAGGGGGACUGAUUGAAAGCAAAACAUUGAUGUAGAAGGAAACAGUAAAAGAAGAAAUGGCAGGAAUAGAAGAGGAAAUCAAAAUGAUGGGAAAUACACAGGUGGUAAACAUAACUCUGUGAAUGGGAUGAACUCAUCUAUAAGAAACUCACACAAGGCAAGUAAACACACCCUCAAAGGUAAGAGGCUAGAGCAAAAUCUAUUUGGCAUCAACUGAGAAAAAGAAGGCAGGAGUUGUAAUCAUGAUAUCUGACAAAGCCAAACAAAGUAAAAAUAGAUCUGAUUAAAAGAGAUAGGUUAGGUAAUUACAUCCUGAUGAAAUAAAGUAUAGACAAUGAGGAAAUAGCAGUAUUCAACAUGUAUGUUGUAAACCUUAAAAUUUCUUAGACUUGUGAAUGUUGGAAAUUUCACCAUUGGAAGGUUUCAUGCUUGUAGGGAAUUUCCUACUGAUAGUGGGAACUCUAUUGGAAUGUGAACCCCAUUGGCAUGGGAGGUUCCUUCUCCUCCCUACUUAAGAUUACUUUAGGACAGAAACCUUUUGCUGAACAAUGGAAAGGGCUUUGACCUAUGCUUAAGCAUAGAACAGGAAGUUCUUUGAGUCAUGAUUGAUUUUAGAAUUGAUACAAUAGAGAUACUUGGAAUGACAGAACCAGGUCAUGGAACUUCCAAUCUCCACCCUGCUCAGGGUAACAGGAUUUAGGAAGGGCUGCAGCAAAGGAUCAAGAUUUAAUUAUUUGAGAAUAUGACCUUCAACAGACAUGUGCAAAGCCACAGACUUCUGGGCGGUCCUGGGUUAAACUAGAGCCACCAUUGGCACAGGGGAGACAUCGACAGUGAUUGGUAGAUGUGAGAACUGAGGGGAGGGAACUUGGAUGUUUUCCUUAAAGAUAGCGGGGCCUGAGGACUGAAGGAGGUUGGAGAGUUUUUGCUCUGAGAGGUUGUGCUCUGAGAAGCUUGCUCUGAAGAAAGCUGGAGGUGGAGGCCCCUGAGACUGUUUCUCCAUUUUGGUCAUGUGAGUGAUAGGGACUGAUCUCUUUUCUUUGCCUCAGCUAUCUAAGGGCUUGGGCCUUUUGGCCCAGCCUAAACAGAGGGGGUAUUUAAGCCCUAUUCCCUUCUCUCCCUUUUCUCUCUCUCUCUCUAAUACCUUUCUUCCUCCUGUUUGUAAUUAAACUCCAUAAAAGGCUGACUGCUGACUUGAGUUUUCAUUUAGGAAUUACAUAGAUGAAUUCCUUGGCGACCUUAAAUUAAUAUAUAUCAGUCUUCUAAAGUGAUUUCCUUGUCACAUUGUAUAAAAUGGUAUAGCAUCCAAACUUUUAAAGAAGAAACUAUUGGAGCUUAAGAAGGAAAUAGAUAGUAAAACUAUACUAGUGGGAGACCUGAACCUUCUGCUAUCAAAUCUAGAUAAAUCAAACUAAUUUAGAUAAAUCUAGAUAAAUUUAGACAAAUCUUGAUAAAUAAGAAAGAGGUAAGAAAUGUGAAUGAAAUCUUAGAAAAAUUAGAGUUAAUAGAUAUAUGGAGGAAAAUAAAUAGGAACAAAAAGGAAUACACCUUUUCAGUAGCACAUGGUAUAUUCACAAAGACUGAUCAUGUACUAGGGCAUAAAAACAUUGCAAACAAAUGCAAAAAAGCAGAAAUAAUAAACGCAACAUUUUCAGAUCAUAUUGCAAUAAAAAUAAUAAUUAGUAAGGGUAUAUGGAGAAGCAAAUAAAUCAUUAAUUGAAAAUCAAAUAAGAUUCUCCAAAAUUGGUUAAAAAACAAAUCAUAGAAACAAUAAUUUCAUUGAAGAGAAUGACAAUGAGGAGACAUCAUAUCAAAAUCUAUGGGAUGCAGCCAAAGCAUUACUCAGGAGAAAAUGUAUAUCCCUGAGUGCACAUAUUAACAAAUCGGGGAGGGAAGAGGUCAAUGAAUUGGGCAUGCAAAUUAAAAAAAAAAACUAGAAAGAGAACAAAUUAAAAAUCCCAGAUAAAGGACAGCUGGGUAGCUCAGUGAUUUGAGCGCCAGGCCUAGAGAUGGGAGGUCCUAAGUUCAAAUCUGGCCUCAGACACUUCCAGCUGUGUGACCCUGGGCAAGUCACUUAACCCCCACUGCCUAGCCCUUACCACUCUUCUGCCUUGGAACCAAUACUUAGUAUUGGUUCCAAGACAGAAGGUAAGGGUUUAAAAAAAAUCCCAGAUAAAAACUAAAUUGGAAAUUCUAGAAAUUGAGAAAUUAAUAAAAUUGAAAUUGAAAAAACUAUUGAAUUAAUAAAUAAGAUUAGAAGUUGGUACUUUGAAAAAACAAAUAAAAUAAAGUUCUGAUCAAUCUAAUUAAAAAAAAAUAAGAAAACCCAAUUAAAAGUAUCAAAGAUGAAAAGGGUGACCUCACCUCUAAUGAAGAUGAAAUUAAGGUAAUUUAAUUAAGGUAAUUAAGAACUACUUUGCCCCAAUUAUAUGGCAAUAAAUAUGGGAAUCUAUGUGAUAUGGAUGAUUAUUUACAAAAUAUCAAUUGCCUAGAUUAACAGAAGAUGAAAUAGAAUAUUUAAAUAGUCCCAUAUCAGAAAAAGAAAUUGAACAAGCCAUCAAAGAACUCCCUAAGAAAAAAAUUCCCAGGGCCAGAUGGAUUCACAAGUGAAUGCUAUCAAACAUUUAAAGAAUAACUAAUCCCAAUACAAUACAAACUAUUUGACAAAAUAAGCAAAGAAGGAGUUCUACAAAAUUCCUUUUAUAACACAAAUAUGGUACUGAUUCCAAAGACAGGCAGGCCAAAAACAGAGAAAGAAAACUAUAGACCACUCUACUUAAUGAACAUAGAUGCAAACAUUUUAAAUAGAAUAUUAGCAGAAAGACUCCAGCAACUGUUCACAAGGGUUAUUCACUAUUAUCAGGUGGGAUUUAUACCAGGAAUUCAAGGAUGGUUUAAUAUUGGGAAAACCAUCCACAUAAUUGACCAUAUCAACAACUAAACCAAAAGAAAUCACAUGAUUAUCUCUAGAUGCUGAAACAGCCUUUGACAAAAUACAACACUCAUUCCUAUUGAAAACACUAGAAAGUAUAGGAAUAGAAGGGUCUUUCCUAAAAAUAAUAAACAGUAUAUAUCUAAAAGCAUCAGCAAACAUCAUCUUCAAUGGGGAUAAAUUAGAAGCCUUCCCAAUAAGAUCAGGAGUGAAACAAGGAUGUAACAUUGUACUAAAAAUACUAGCCGUAGCAAUCAGAGAAAAAAAAGAAAUUAAAGGUAUUAAAAUUGGCAAUUAGAUGACUAAACUAUCACUCUUUGCAGAUGACAUGAUGGUCUUAAAGAAUCCUAGAAAAUCAACUGAAAAGCUAGUGGAAAUAAUCAACAACUUUAGAAAAGUUGCAGGAUACAAAAUAAACCCCACAUAAAUCAUCAGCAUUUCUAUAUAUUUCCAAUACAUCUCAGCAGCGAGUUAGAAAGAGAAAUUCCAUUUAAAAUCACCCUAGAUAAUAUAGAAUAUUUAGGAAUCUAUUUGCCAAGACAAACACAGGAAUUAUAUGAACACAACUAUAAAACACUUUCCACACAAUUAAAACUAGAUCUAAACAAUUGGAAAAACAUUAAUUGCUCAUGGGUAAGAUAAGCUAACAAUAAAAAUGACAAUCCUACCCAAAUUUAAUUUACUUAUUCAGUGCCAUACCUAUCAAACUACCAAGAAACUUUUUUUUACUGAAUUAGAAAAAAAUAUAACAGUUCAUUUGAUAGAAGAAAAGAUCAAGAAUAUCAAGGGAAAUAAUGAAAAAAAAAGUGAAGGAAGGUGGCCUACCAGUACCAGAUCUUAUACUGUACUAUAAAGCAGUGAUCAUUAAAACAAUCUGGUACUGGCUAAGAGACAGAAGGGAGGAUCAGAGGAAUAGAUGGGUUAAAUGACCUCAGCAAGACAGUGUAUGAUUAACCCAAAGAUCCCAGCUUUUGAGACAAAACCCUAGUAUUUGACAAAAACUGCUGCGAAAUUUGGAAAAUAGCAUGAGAGAGAUUAGGUUUAAAAGAGCAACAUCUCAUACCUUAUAUACCAAGAUAAAUUCAGAAUGGGUGAAUGAGAUAAGGGAAGUAUAGAGUUGAAUUGGUUCACCAAAGGGUCAAGAUGAGGAAAAGAGGAGAGUGACUAGUGCAGAAGAGAUGGCCUGGGAGAGAACUGGGGGGCUGAGGGAUUGUAGGUCAGUCAGUCACAUUUCCCAUUCACACCACAUGAGUGUUUUUACAUCUUAAAUGGAAUCUACUUUUUAUACAAGGGCUCCUUCCAAGAACUAAUGAUAGUAACAAAAGAAAUGGCUCAUUCUUGCUAGACUUAAUUUUAACACUGAAACUACAAUGCUUCUUUUACUCUUCUUUCAAAUAAGCAUCAGAUUCUUUUUUUUAUUUUAGAAUUUUUUAAAUUUUUAAGUAUUUUUCCAUGGUUACAUGAUUCAUUUUCUCUCCCUCCCUUCUUCUCUCCCCUCUCCCAGAGCUGACAAGCAAUUGCACUGGGUUAUACAUAUAUUAUUACUUGAUACCUAUUUCUGUAUUAUUCAUUUUUGUAACAGAGUAAUCUUUUAAAACCCAAAUCAAAAUAAGAUUAAGCACCAAAUUCUUAAAACAUUUCUCUUUGCCUCUGUUUCUCUCUUAGUUCAUCUUAAUAUCAUUAUAAAGAGUAUGUUUCAAUUUUUUUAAUCUCUGAAAGAUACUGAAUAUUUUAAUGCACUUGUCUAGAUUUAAGACUGAGACUUUAUAUACAUAACAGGAUUAUAAUCCAUGGAAAAAAGAAAAAAAGGAAAUCUUUCAAAAUUACCCAGAUGGAUUCAGUCUCUUAUUUUUGUCCAUUUUUUUCUAUCAGAAAAACAUAACUUUGAUAUUUUAAGGUGUUGGAAAUCAGCUUAUCAAUCAAGUAUCAUUAAUCCUCUUCUAUGUGCCAGGCAUUGUGCUUAUACAAAAAUAACCCCUGCUGCCCUCAAUGAGCUUACAUUUUACUCUGGAGAUGCAGCACUUAUUAGAGAGUAGUGGCCAGAGAAAGGAGCUACAGAGUCAUAGGACUUAAGAGUGAAGAAGUUAAAGGUAGUAGGUUGUCAUCACCAUUUAGUAGCAGUGGUAAUACCUAUUUGAUUAUUAUCCCUGAGCAAGGGGUAGAAAACAGAUUGGGGAUAGGGGCCUGGGUGUGAUAUAUCCACAACAACAGCAGAGUAGGUGGCAAGAUGCUUGAACUAGAUUGGUUGGAGGAAGCAUAGUUUGGGGUUGGAAGACCUGAUAUCAUAUCUAAGCUCAGAUACUUACUAGCUGUGUAACCCAAAUAAGUCAUUUAACUUUUGUUUGCCUCCACUAAAGAAGGAAAUAGAAAACCAUUCCAACAUCUUUGCCAAGAAAUCCCCAUAAGCAGUAUGGACCACAGGGUUCCAGACACAACUGAACAACAAGAUGAGAUAAGAGAACUGAGGGAAAGAUAGAUUCACUAAUCCACCAUCGUCUGCAGCUGGGACUCAGGGUAAAUUAUAGAUGAGUGGUUCGUACUUUUCUUUCUGCCAUCAACAUGUAUUUGAAGCUUUCACAGAAUUCAUUCAAGUAGAGGAAAUUUUCAAGGAAUUAUUUAAACCUUGUUACUAUUCCAGGUUUUAUGAAAAACAAUUUUUCUUUUCUCAUGUGGUAAAGUGAAAGUUGGACAUUAAAUGCUUGGAGCAAACACCUUAUCCUUCCUAAUUCCUGCAGAAUACUUAGUACAAUGCUGUCUAUAUUGCAUAAUUAUAAAAUUAAAGAACUGGACAAGACUUUAGUCCAGUUACCUCAUUUCACAAAGGAAUCAGUAUGUAAAAAGUUCUAAACUAUGGAGUGUCCUGUCAAGAUUUGCUUUAAAUUAAAAAAGAAUUUUUGUU